UACGAAUCAUAAAGUCUCCAUAUGCACAGACCUAUCAAAACUUCAAAACAUCAAAACAAAUUCUCUCUCUCUAAAAAUUUCCAUCAAACAUUCUUCAUCUAUACCCAUAUCAGUGAAGAUGUUCAACUAUACCCAGAAUCGCCGGCCAAAAAUCGCUUAAAGAUCUUCAAAAUCGCCGUAGAAUAUCAACGAUCGCCGGAGAUAUUCAAGAAUCACCGGAGAAUUUCAACCGGUCACCGCCGGAAAAAAAAGGUCAGCCUAAAAACGAGAGGAUUUCAGGCGCCGGUGAGCACUAACAAUUCAUCCGUCCGCGUUAAUUUCCCGUUAGAUGAUACCAGUAAGAAGAUUCGAAAGCCGUAUACUAUCACCAAAUCUAGACAGAAUUGGACUGAGUAUGGUCCGCAAAAGAGCCAGCGGGACAAACAAUGACAUGAAGUUGUUCCUGGGUUGAUCUUGGCUCCUUGGCAGUAUCUCUCACAUUAAUGGGGUCUAACUUGAAACUGCAGUAUUUGUUGUCAUCAUGAGUUAGACAACAGGGCAUAUAGGUAAAUAAUAAUAACUUUAUUUGUAAAUAUAAAAAGGGUUAUGAUUGCUUGAUAUGACUAGCAUUUUGGAUAAAGGUGCUAGAAAUCUUCUCUUUUUUGUACCUAAUUUACCGUUGUUGUUGCUGGGCUCCUUAUGUGUGAUUGUUUCUCAUGGUUUCAAAAACAGGUGUAUGGUUAUUGUCAUUUUUAUAAUUAUUAUAUGUUGUAGUAAUCAAUCGUUUGUAUAGAAAUUGAUGAUUAUGAAAAAUCUAAAUAUCAAAAAAUCAACUUAUACGUUCGGUUUU